AUGGGUGCAUCAGGCUUAGGUUCUGCUUUAGCAAAUUGCAUUAAUCUCUCAAAAUUGAGACUUUACCUUCGGUCUAAUUAUAUUGGUGAUAUGGGUGCAUAAGGCUUAGGUUCUGGUUUAGCAAAUUGCAUUAAUCUCUCAAAUUUGACACUUAACCUUCGUUACAAUGAAAUUGGUGCAAUGGGUGCAUCAGGCUUAGGUUCUGGUUUAGCAAAUUGCAUUAAUCUCUCAAAUUUGACACUUAACCUUUGA